AUGCAAAUUACUGAAUUGGUGCCAGUUCUGUUAGCCUCAGUGAUUGUUAUUUCUCUCAAUGGUAUUCUGACCUAUGGAUUGAAUACUAAUGGAUCAGUCAUUACAGACUGUGGAAGUACCAUGAUUUCACGUGAGGGUAACAUCACGUCCCCCUCCUUUGAUGUUGACCUUCAACCUCUCUUUCACUGUGAUUGGCUGGUCAUAUUACCAGAAGGCUCGUCAGUUCAACUGAAUUUCCUUCAUUUUGAUCUGCCUGAGGGAGACAAUGGACAUUGUAAGGAAGGAUUUCUGCUUCUGGGAACCAUAGACACAAAAGGCAACAGAAGGAGUGAGCUGGGCCCAGUCUGUGGGACAGAAUCUCCGGGGGAACUAACACUCUCUCGGAACAAGUUUUGGUUGUCAAUGUAUGGGGGGUCAACAGAAGGAGGUCAAAUGUCACGCCUGUACCAAGGGUUCACUCUCAGCUUUACACAACUUUUGCCACUGGUCCAUGAAUCUGAUGGUUCUUCUCAAUCAUCUGGCAUGGACCAGGGAUGGUAUGCACUGGUUGUCCUUGCUGGACCUCUGUUGUGUGUAAUACCUCUGUAUUUCUGUCUAAAGAGGAGGCAGUCAAUUGCAUUGUACUGUGCUGACCAGGACACGUCAGAGAUGGUGGUCCAGAGAUUUAGGAAGAAGCACCGUCCUCACCCUGAUUUAGGAGGACUGAGAGACCUAAAAAUAGCCAUUUCUAAUCCACCAGUUAAAAAUGGAGAAAUGAGUAACAUCACCGCAUACUCUUACUACGGGGGGUCGGGGGACUACGAGAAUGUCAAAGGAUACAGAGAUGACUUCAAUUUGUUUAAAAAUUUGUAUGUCAGGGAGUCUUCUUUUCCAUCUUGUGAUGGGUCUCUGGAGAGUCCUGUUUUCAUGGAGGAAUCUCAGAACCUGAACAAAACUGAUUUACCGAUCAACACCAGUCGUAACUUCCUGACCGUCCCUUGCCGGGGCACCAGAACUUCCAGGGUCUCCUAUCUCAGUAUCCUCCCAGAUUUUGAGUCCACCUUAAACAACAGCAGGAUCCAGCAAACGCCUCAACCUCCCACCAUUGCCUCCAUUGGAAAAAUUGAUGGAAAAUCUGUGUACAUUGUCCAGAAUCAACCAACAGACCAGGACAAAAAGCCAAUUAUCCCAACAAUUACAAUCACAUCAGCUUCUCUGAGGAGAAAGCAGAGGUUGUCCACUGUGAAAAAUCCAGAGGACACUAACUCUAAGGUGGACCUGAUUGACAAAAGCACUGGUCGACCAUUUCGAGGAUCCAUUAGACCGAACAGGCAUGCCAAGGCUUGGCAAUCAGUAGAGGACAUUCCGGAUGAAUCAGACAAAUGCAGUGAAUCUGUCAAAAAUCCUCCACAAGCCACAGAAACCCAAAAUACUGAAAGUUCCCCUAAUACCUGUUUUGAAUUUUCUACUCCUGCUAUCUUGCAGUACAGACGAUCAAUAAAGAAUGAAGCCAAGAAGUCUAAUGAGGAUACCCCAAGUUGUCUUCAAACUGAAAAUCUUAAUGAAAAUAUAAUAAAGGUUCAAGAUGAGCCAGAACUGUCUAAAACUGAGUUAAUGUCAGAGACCAAAUAUUCCAAGGAGAAUCGGUUGAAUACACAGAAUUCAAUCACAUCUGAAAUGGAAAUGCUUCAACAACAGCUAAAAAGUCCUGCCCAAAUGGGAGUAGACAAUACUGCCUUUGAAUCCUCUAAUGCUGGUGGAGAGUUCAGGGGCAGCAGCUGGAACCAGGUUAUCAAGGAAGGAGAACUAGACAAUAGGUCAAAGGUCAAUGAUGAGAACAUGACUUGUUUGAAUACUAGUAACAGUGGCUAAUUUGACCAUGUUUAUGAUCUUUUGAAGUUGAGGUUUUGUGGUUUAAUAAAAUUACCUGGUAGUGUG